CGAUGAAACCGCCGUCUAUUAUAAUGCUUACACCGAACGGACGCUUCGAAGUGAACAAAAAGAUAUGUCUGAGUAUAUCAGGCCAUCACCCGGAGUCGUGGCAGCCCUCGUGGUCCAUACGCACCGCACUUCUCGCCAUUAUUGGCUUUAUGCCCACCGAAGGCUUGGGUGCCAUCGGAUCGCUUGAUUAUCCAUCAGAAGAGAGGAAGACGUUGGCAGUGAAGUCACAGAACUGGUGCUGUCCUUCUUGUGGACAAAUCACCAAAUUAUUGAAAACUGAAGACUCGAACCACAAAGAAAGCGAAGCCAAUAAAGAGGCUAAAGAACUCGCGAAACAAAUUCGUUUUAAGGAAACUAAUUCCGAGUCGACCGAAGACAAGUCAACCCCAAUCCCAACCGUUUCUGAGGCAACGACGACAAGCACUGAACCCAAUGAAGCCACU